GCGGCGGCGCCUCAGCUGCGGCGGCCAUUUUGUGGCGCUGCUCGGUCGGUGGCGCUGGGCUCGCGCGGGGAGCGGGGCCCGGGCGGCGAUUAGGUCCUUUCUAACCCUUUUUCCGUACAGAUUCCUCGUCUAAAAGUUGGUUUUAAUUGGUUGCCCACAGGAUUGGCUUGGCUUCUGCUACUUAUUAAGAAAAAAACAGCAGUCUCUGCAGGUGUGUGUUGUUUCAGCGCAGCAUGGCUGUGGUCAUCCGCUUGCAAGGUCUCCCGAUUGUGGCGGGGACCAUGGACAUUCGCCACUUCUUCUCUGGAUUGACCAUUCCUGAUGGGGGCGUGCAUAUUGUAGGGGGUGAACUGGGUGAGGCUUUCAUCGUUUUUGCCACUGAUGAAGAUGCAAGGCUUGGUAUGAUGCGCACAGGUGGUACCAUUAAAGGGUCAAAAGUAACGCUGUUGCUGAGCAGUAAAACUGAAAUGCAAAACAUGAUAGAACUUAGUCGUAGGCGUUUUGAAACUGCCAAUUUAGACAUGCCACCAGCAAACGCUAGCAGGUCUGGACCACCGCCUAGUUCUGGAAUGAGUGGUAGGGUAAACUUACCUACGACAGCACCUAAUUUUAACAAUCCUUCUCCUAGUGUAGUAACUGCAGCUACUUCUGUGCAUGAAAGCAACAAAAACAUACCCACAUUCUCAACUGCCAGUAUGGGAACGGCACCUCCAAAUCUUGGAGCUACCUUUGGUAGCCCAACGUUUAGCUCAACUAUACCUAGCACAGCAUCCCCUAUGAACACAGUACCACCCCCACCAAUUCCUCCUAUCCCAUCUAUGCCAUCUUUGCCACCAAUGCCUUCUAUUCCCCCCAUACCUGUCCCGCCUCCUGUACCUACGCUGCCCCCUGUUCCCCCUGUACCACCAAUACCCCCUGUUCCUCCUGUACCACCAAUGACACCUAUGCCUCCUAUGUCAGGAAUGCCUCCUAUGAAUCCUCCACCUAUAGCACCUUUGCCUACUGGAAUGAAUGGGUCUGGAACAGCAAUGAGUAUGAACAGUGGCUUGAAUCCAUUGUUUAUGGGUCCUAUGAAUCCUGUAAAUCCUAUUCAGAUGAAUUCUCAAAGUGGUGUGAAACCCCAUUCUAUCAACCCAGAUGACUUGUAUGUCAGUGUUCAUGGAAUGCCCUUUUCUGCAACAGAAUCUGAUGUGAAAGACUUUUUCCAUGGGCUCCGUGUGGAUGCAGUACAUAUGCUGAAGGAUCACUUAGGCCGAAAUAAUGGAAAUGGACUAGUUAAGUUUUUCUCUCCUCAAGAUACUUUUGAAGCACUGAAGCGAAACAGAAUGCUGAUGAUUCAGCGCUAUGUUGAAGUUAGUCCUGCAACAGAGAGACAGUGGGUGUCUGCUGGAGGCCAUAUAACUUUCAAGCAAACCAUGGGUCCUACUGGACAAACCCAUCCUCCGCAGACGCUUUCUAGGUCCAAAUCUCCUAGUGGACAGAAAAGGUCACGGUCAAGAUCUCCUCAUGAGCAGGGUUUCUGUGUUUAUUUGAAAGGUCUUCCCUUUGAAUCAGAGAACAAACAUGUGAUAGAUUUCUUUAAAAAGUUAGAUAUUGUUGAAGACAGUAUUUAUAUAGCUUAUGGACCCAAUGGGAAAGCAAUUGGUGAAGGCUUUGUUGAGUUCAGGAAUGAAGCUGACUACAAGGCAGCUUUGUGUCAUCAUAAACAGUACAUAGGGAACCGUUUCAUUCAAGUUCAUCCCAUAACCAAAAAGGGUAUGUUAGAAAAGAUAGACAUGAUUCGGAAAAGAUUGCAGAACUUCAGCUAUGAUCAGAGAGAGGUCAUGAUGAAUACUGAGGGAGAAACAGGCCCGCCAAAGUUGUGUGCACAUAUAUCAAAUAUUCCAUACAAUAUUACAAAAAUGGAAAUCCUUCAGUUUCUAGAGGGACUGUCAGUGGAAGAAAACUCUGUACAAAUUCUUGUUGAUAACAAUGGGCAAGGUUUAGGACAAGCACUGGUUCAGUUCAAAACAGAAGAUGAUGCUCGUAAGUCAGAGCGCCUCCACCGUAAAAAGCUGAAUGGAAGAGAUGUUAUUUUACGUGUAAUCACCCUAGAAGAAAUGAGAGAAAUUGAGAGAAAUCCACCAUCCCAAGGGAAAAAGUUGCUGAAAAUGCCAAUGCAAGGGAAUGCGGCAAUGCCAGGAGUGCAAAAUGCUGGUGGGGAUGAGCGUUCCUUUAUGGGUGGUAACUCAAAAGAUGCAAAUAAUGGCCCUCCAUUUAAUUUUCCCAGUAAUUUUAGUGGGUCUAACACAUUUGGUCCCCCUCUUCCACCACCAGGAAUGGGUGGCUUUGGUGAUUCUAGACCAGGAAUGCCUUCAGUUGGAACUAGUGGUUUACCUGGUGCUGGUAUUGAUGUCCCAGGUUUUGGGAGUGGUCCUAGUAAUCUGAGUGGACCAUCAGGUUUUGGAGGGGGAUCUCAAAACUUUGGGAAUGGGCCUGGUAAUUUAGGUGGGCCUCCUAGCUUUGGUAGUGGCCCUCCUGGUAUUGCAGGUGGUCUUGGACAUUUAAGUGGACCUCCAGGGUUUGGACCUGGACCAGGAAACUUGCAUAUUAGCGGACCCCCUGGUUUUGGAACAGGUUCUGGAAAGCCAGGGCCAACUGUCAUUAAAGUGCAAAACAUGCCUUUUACGGUAUCAGUGGAUGAAAUUUUGGAUUUCUUUUAUGGUUACCAAGUGAUCCCAGGUUCCGUGUGCUUAAAAUACAAUGAAAAAGGUAUGCCCACAGGAGAAGCAAUGGUUGCAUUUGAGUCUCGUGAUGAAGCAAUGGCAGCUGUUGUUGAUCUAAAUGACAGACCUAUAGGUUCGAGAAAAGUCAAACUUGUUUUAGGGUAGCCGUUCAUAUAACAUGUUUGUAGAAUAGAUAUUCAUAGUGCUGUGAUUAAUUCAUCCAGAUUGUUUUUAUAGUAUUUCCAGGGUAGAACCUGUGGAUUGUUUAAAUUGCAAACAAACUUGUUUUGAGAAGGCAGAGCACUGGUUUAACCAUUUACAGAAGAAUCACUGCAAGGAUAAAGUGUGCAGUGAAUUUCCCAGUACGGCUGUGUGGAGAAGAAAGACAGAUUCUUAUUCACCAAUAGAAAAAGUUUGCUAAAGCUAAAUUGGCCCCAUAAUGCUUAUCAAGGAAUCUAGAUUGGUUUUAUGUAGUUUUGGAUUAGGGAAGUAGUUACGUAUUAAGAUGAAGUCAGUGAGUGGGUGCUAUUGCAAGCCACUGUAAAACAAGUUAGCCAUUCCUAGAUUUGGUUAAAAGCUGGCUGAAUUUGCUUUGUUACAGGUCAAAGCUUUGUUUAAAAUCUUGAAUUUACUUUGCAACUGAAUGAAUUCUCAGUGUACACAGAUUAACUGUUUUGUGUAUGUACCUUUAUUGUUUUUCAAAGGUUCUUGCUGUAUGUGAACAGUCAAUUAUGCACAUUGCUGAUGUGUCUACCAAACUAAUUCCUAUGCAUAUGAGCAGAACUGUUCUGUAAAAUUCAAGCUGUUCUUUGUGGAAUAACCUUUAGUUAUUUUUAUUGUUGCAUUUAAAACUGUGCAGAAUAAGACUUUUGCCACAUAAGUGUAGGUAUAACCUCAAAUAUAUUGAGUUGACUGUUUACUUAAAAUUGAAUUAUAAAGUUGAUGCCAUACAAGCAACAACUAGAAAACACUCAUCAUUGUUUAAGUAGCUUGAUUUGUUAGGAUUACAUAAAUCAGUUGGGAUAGGAUCUUCAGCACUAGUUUGGAUAUUUAAUGUUGUAGUUCUCACAUCUCUGGAACUACUCACAUGGAAUGUCGCAUUUAAGAGAACCAAAGGGAUUAAUAUUACUAGAAUAUUGGAGUCCAGUCAAAGUUUUAAGAAUAGUGUAAAACAUAUAUGAAAGAAAUUUUUGAAAUUACCAGCUACUCUGAAUAUUGCUAUGAGACACUUCAGAGAGUAAAUUUUAUUUCCCCCCAAAAAACCUUGAAUCUAUUUUCAUUGAGGAGUUGUGUAUUUUUUCAAUAAAGUUAUGUUUAAUUCCAAUUCUGUAAAGAAUUGCCAUUUUCCUUACUGUCCAGUAAAGCCUUUAAUGGAGAAUAGAGAAUCAGAAAGCAAUUUUACAAAAGAGUGAAAAGUAGAACUCACAGUUUGUCUACACUUAGCUUAUAAUAAAUUCAGACUCUUCUCUUGGUCUGAAAAUCCCACUAUUCCCUGCAAAUCAUUGUACUUAAACACAGCAGUCUAUAAACUAUUCUGUUUGUUGGUUGAAGAAAAAUGGUGCCUUUUAGUGUUGCAUAUCAUGGAACACUGAAGUAUGUAGCCUGGCAUAAUUUAGAGGUGCAAGUGGCAACAGUUUUAUUCAUGUGGUGUAUAGGAGAGAUUUGAAAGCCUGUGCAACACUACAUCCUGAGAGGAUUUCACAGUACAGGAUUUUUGGAAGGAUUGUAUAAAGGUGUACUACAAUAAAGAGGCGGUUGCAUUACACAGAUGCUUUUGUAAUUCAUGAGUAUAAAUUUUUUUUGACAGAUCACUAGGUGGUGCUCUGACUUUGGAAAAGUGAUGUGAUUGUAUAUACUGUUUAAAAUUAAGCCUCCUGUUAAUAAAACUGUCUCUGAAAAUUCAUGUUAUGCAUUUUAACAGUCUUUGGGGAUAUUGUUUCAACAGCAGAUUUUUUUUUUUCCUCCUUGAAAGGCUGAAAGUUCUGUUACUGAUGUCAGAAAGAUGGGAUAUUUGAAUAGGAGACAAGUCUUUCAGUUUAUUUUUUUUAUUUUGCUCUGUUCUUAAAACAGUACAUUUUUAUUAAAAUUUCAUAUUAUAUUGCAGUUAUUAUUUGGGUGCUGUUUCUUCAUAUUUCAUACUAGAAUAAAAAUAUUGAAAAGGAAAACCUGCCUUCAUUGUUCACAGAAUUAAUUGAAUUAAGAAUUUAUUAGUAUGUGGCUUGCAGAAACUGGUGGUAACUGUAUUUCAAGCUUGAAUGAAUCACAACAAAGCAUUUCUUGUUGUGAAAUGUAAUUAAACUACUGCAAUCUGGAAUUUGAUUCCUUGUGUAUCUAAGAUUUAAUACAGUGCUGUGUAUCUUGCUCCUCUUGGUAUUUGGGUGUGGGAUUUUUGGUAUACCUUUCAAAAUACUCUAGAUAUUGCUGUGAAACAUGCUUGUACACAUGUUCCUUCAGACUUUCUAACAAGUUGCAGGUUUGUGUUGGAAAUCUUUCAUUUUCUGUUUAUUUUUAAUUUUCUGUAUGGUCUAAAAGAUUUGUAAAGCUGUUUCAUAAGUUGUGCAUUUGUAAAUGCUUUAAUUCUGUUUUCAAAAAUUUAUGUAAAUGUGUUGUAUUUGGAAGAGGAACUUUCUAAUGAAGGGUUUGAGUUUUCUUUUCUGCAUCUUGCCAAACAGCUGAUACGCUCAUUGUCCUUUAGUGUAAUGGGUUAGUAAAUAUAUCUCUGUAAAAUAUAUACUUGUAAGUAUAUCUGUGGAUUUCUCCAUAAAUAUUAAGAAAUCCUAUUCGCCUAGAGAGUUUUAAGGUAUAUUUUGUAUAUACACUGUAGUUGUGCACUUUUACAAUAGUUAAAUAUAUUAAUUUCUUAAAGCUAGUGUAAAGUAUGCGUUGGGCUAAAAUUAGUUGAAAACAUCAGUCAUACACCAAGUUGCCAUAGCAACUUUUUCAUGUUAGACAAACUCCUAAGCUGUUAAAAUCAAAGUAAUAAAAAAUUAGGAUACCAUUUAUCCAUAAUUUAAAUGUCAUACAGAAAAAAUUCAGAGCUUACAGGUGUAAGGUAGCUAGCAACAGUAAGACGUUAGUAGAUGGUGGUGGCAGCCUAGCAGACGUUGGUUAUUAAAAGUAGGUGCUGCUUGUCAGUUACCUUGGCUAAUUUGAAACUGUAAAAACAGAAGUUAUUAGUCUGAAGGGUCUAAACAUCUGUGUCCCUUCAACUUGUAAAAUUAUCACUCAGAAAAAAUGAUCAUGUGUAAAAAUAUGGCAGUUAAUGAGAAAAUAUGAAUCUUGGGCUUAUUAGUAAACAAGUUCAACAGUGUGUAAUAUUUUUAUUAACACCUUAUUUAAAAAGAGGCUUAUAAUUGACAGGGAAGAAUUGUUACUAUCAGGUGCCACCAUGAUAUUAAAUCUCAGUUUUUUUUCCUGUUUUUAAAGUAGUCUUAUUUAAUAAACAUGUUAAAAAAUAAAGCUGCUGCUUUUAAUACUCCAAGAAAGAAUGUUUCCUUGCACAACAAAUCAUAUUUUGGGAAAGCUAAGACUUUAUUAAUAGAGGAAUACUGUCAUUUUAAAAAUCUAAAUAUUAGUGAUUGGGGUUCUGUUGGUUUAGAAAAUUGAAGGUUAUGUCCUUUUCAGUAAAAUAAGAGCAAGAGUACCCUUUUCAUAAUAAGUUUACACACACAAAUGUCCAUCCUCAGAGUUUAUUUGGAGCAAGGAGGGAUAUGGAUAAACCAACAAGAUUUUAUGCCAGAUUACACUGAGCUCUUGAGAGAAUUCCACAAAUAGACCAAGAGUUUUGCUUGAUUUUGGCUGCAGUUUAGAACUCACCUGUGUUCUCCUAAGAACAUGUGAAAAAAAAUCUUGUCCAAUAGCUGUUAUGUAUAUUUCUGUGGGAUGUUUUUUGUAGAAUAGGGAAUGGAGUUCUUAACAAAGGAGGAGUUCAUCUCAGUUACCAUAAUAAACACUUUUAUUAAUUCCAUA